AUGCCACCCGCGGCCUCGUUGCCCUUUGGUGUCUUCUCUCCUCCACGGAAUUCUUAUGAAUGGAAGAGAGCCCUCCUUGAUGUGAAAUGGCUAUGUUUCAACCAGCAAUACAAGCAAUGUGCCUUGCGUUGCAAUCAGCUCAUAGACACCGCUUCUAGUCCGCUCUAUCCAAUCCGUGCGACCUACCUCCACUAUUAUGCAGCCACCUCAUAUGAGUACAUGGGACGAGCAGCCCAUAUAUUUUCGGCUGUCAAGGUCCCACUUCUGACUUCUGCUAUGGAGCAGUUUCAGAUUGCCUAUGAGUCUUUGCCAGCUACUCUCCCACCCCCGGUUCUGAAUCCCAACCAGACCUACUCACCAGUUACUUUUCUUCAUUCGCCCAACACGUCUCCUCGGUCUUCCUUGAGUACCGUUGUGUGGAGUCCCACAAUUUCGCCGACCUAUGAUCUCCCUCCAGGCCCUGGCCCUGAUCCAAAUGCUCAAGCUCUGUCAGUUCAGAAUCUAUCAGCUCAUAAUACUAAGCUAGCUCAAACUCCUCCCUCACCUGUCCUUUCUCCCUCUUCUCCUUCCCACUCGUCUAUUACCACUGCUUUUUGCGUCACACCACCUCCUACUGUCCGAGAAGCCUCGUUUCUUAACUAUGACGUUCCACCCCCAGCUUUUCAUAUCCCGCCUCCGACCCGUAAGCCCCCUCCUCCACCACACGGCAGCUCUCCUCGCCCAGCUACGAGAGACCAAUUGCUCUCUUUCAAUAGUGCCAGAGAUGGGCUUCCCAAUGGAGGAUCUAUCGUCCGAAACAUUGCCCGGAUGAUCGAUAACUCUAUUAUCGCGGGAGCCGACGACCCAUUUGUGACCCGCGUGCCGCCGAAACAUGACAGUCUAAAGCGGCCGCCAGUACGUCUAUCUCCGAUCAAAUUCCCAGCUGAACUUGAGGACCCAGCAAAGCGCAACGAGCUUAUCCCACCCCCACUUGCAAUUCGGAAGAGCUCCGGCGAAGUGCUCAUGUGCAGCAGCUCUGCAAUGGUAAUCUGUGGAGGUUCAGAGCAAGAAACGUCUAGGAAUGAGGUGAAUCGACGAGUCCGAUCUCGCCCUCCCCGGCUACCCUUGAAGAUAAUCCCAUCCGGACGACUGAAUGCUAACACAGAGGAGGCGAGCCCUUCAACCCUAGCACCGCAGCCGAAGCGUCUGAGUCCCGUCCUCUCUUCGCCCAGUACCAUAACUCCAUCGACGCCAACCCCCGUUAUGAGAAAGAAGAUCCCCAUCCUCGGCUCCCCUUUCACCAGCCGCGCAGGCUCACCAGAGCAGAGAAGCACCAAGUCGCCCUCGUUGCGGUCGAGAAAGUCCUCCCCCGCGCCUGUCAGCGCCGAGCGCGCCGCCCAGAUCAAUCAAUUCAACAGCGCCGUCAAGUGGCUCCGUGAGCAUAUUCCCGCCGACGUGACCGGACUCCGCAAGCAGAUCAAGCAUGUUUCGGAUCUACAGCAGGCUCGUCGCUCUCGCAACACGACUAUGGCCCGCUCUGCUUCCUUCUGGACCUUUUCUCCCGUUAAGCCUAACCCCGAUUCCGGUGCUGCCCAGGAACCUCCUGUGAUCGAAGGACCUAAUAUCGAUGAGUAUGGAAAUGUUAUUCGGGUUGAGACUAAGGCGCAGCGCAUUAAGCGGCUCAGGGAAGAGGAUUGGAGGAUUGGUAUUCGGUCGAAGCAUAGUCACUGGAAGGGAACUGAGUACUACGAUGAGCUUUGCGAAACUGCUUUGGCUGAGCUUGGUGAGACAGGUUAUGGAUCUCGCGAAUGGCUGUAUCGGUGA